CUUCCUCGAACAAGUCACUCAAGCCUGUUUCUCGACUCCGUAUACCCAUUUCUUCUAUCAUGUCGGAACUUACUUUCGAUACACUUAUGGACGAUGGAAAUUACCUCGGCUCUGAGCGCGCGAGGAUGGAAAACCGAGUUAUACUGGAGGAACUGGAAAGAAAGAAAAAGGCACGAAGCAUGGCUGUACCGACGGACGAUAAUCGCGUCAAGAUAAGGUUGAGGGAAAUCGGAGAACCAAUCACCCUUUUCGGUGAACGUGCUGCCGACCGCAGAGACCGCCUCAUAUACGUGCUAUCGCAAAUAAAUGCUGCGAGAGGGGAUGAUACUAUGCCUUUGGAUGAGGAUGAGAGUUCAGAAAGUGAAGACGAGGAGGAAGAAUUCUACUCUCCAGGGUCGUUGGAGCUGCUUGAGGCUCGAAGACGAAUAGCCGAAUACUCACUUCCCAGAGCUCAAAAGCGCGUCGCCCAACAGCGAAUAGAUAGCAAGAUGGAUCUCGGUAAAAUCGUCGAUAUCAGGAAGAAGGUUUUUGCCGAAGUUAAAAAAUAUGCGAAUCUUGGGUCCCAGAUUGGCGACGAGAGACCCAUCUCCCAGGUUCGCUUCGCACCUAAUAAUAAUGUUUUGGCCACUUCGAGCUGGUCUGGGACGGUAAAACUGUGGAACGUACCCGCUUGUACGCCAAUACGAUCCUUGCGAGGUCACAGUGACCGCGUGGGUGGUAUUUCUUGGCACCCCGAGGCAACAAGAUCUCUAAGUGCCGAUGCGGCAAAUCUCGUUAGUGGAGCAGGCGAUGGGAACGUCAACUUGUGGUCGUUGAACAGUGAUGCCCCUAUAUCAGUAAUGAAAGGCCAUCAAGAGCGUGUUUGCCGAGUCGCAUUUCAUCCAUCGGGAGAUUAUGUGGCCAGUGCUAGUUUCGAUACAACCUGGCGCCUAUGGGAUGUUGCCACUGCGAAGGAGCUUCUACUGCAGGAGGGACAUUCAAAAGAAGUCUACUCCGUUGAAUUUCAGAAUGACGGUGCUCUCGUAGCUUCUGGUGGCUUGGACGCCAUCGGAAGGGUCUGGGACUUGCGAACGGGAAGAACUGCCAUGGUUCUGGACGGGCAUGUCCAGGCCAUCUAUGCGAUAGGGUUUUCUCCUAAUGGGUAUCAAAUUGCCACAGGUGCCGGCGAUGACACAAUUCGUAUAUGGGAUCUGCGUUCUUUGAAGGCUCUGUACACCAUUCCUGCUCAUCUGUCUAAUGUUUCAGAUGUGCGGUUUUUCCAUGCCGAUAACCUGUUUUUCGAGCCUCCAGAGGGAGAGGCGGAGGCUAUGACGGCGAAGGAAGAGUGGGAUUACCGUUCAGGAUUGUUCUUUGCAUCUUCGGGCUACGAUGGCCUUGUAAAAAUUUGGAGUGCUGACGAUUGGCAGCUGCUCCGCACCCUAUCGACGGAUGCAGGGAAGGUCAUGUCAGUAGACAUAACGAGUGACGGAAAUCUGAUUGCAAGCGGCACAUACAAUAGGAAUUUCCAGCUCUUUGCUCCAGAGGAAGUUGCUGCAUUGUAGUAUGUAAUUGAGUGUAAAUAUAAGUCUUUUCAUCCCUUUGAUCAC